CAAGAUCAAUACAAAUUUAAUACAAACCACAUUUUCUCAACUUUUUCAUUCAUUACCAUCUUCUAUAAAAAUCUUUCCUUAUUUUCAUCGCCAUGGCUAAUAAUACAGACUUAUCCAUGAUCCUUCCUAGGGUUCUUAUUGUAUCUAGACGGACUGUCCGGAAAAAUAAGUUCGUUGAUUUUGUCGGUGAAUAUCAUCUUGAUUUGAUAGUAAGUUAUGGAGCUGUACCGGUGAUAGUACCUAGAGUAACCGGAGUACAUAUGUUGCUAGAGAGUUUCGAACCCAUUCAUGGAGUUGUACUUUGUGAAGGUGAAGACCUUGAUCCAUCUCUUUAUGAAGAUGAAAUCUCUGGUCUUUCACCCGAAGAAUUAGAUGAGAUAAGACGUUUGCACGCCAGUGAUACCGCCGUGGAUCGCGAAAAAGAUUCAAUAGAAUUAGGAUUAGCAAAACUUUGUCUUGAAAGAAACAUUCCUUACUUGGGUAUUUGCAGGGGUUCACAAGUUCUUAAUGUUGCAUGUGGAGGAACAUUGUAUCAAGAUAUAGAGAAAGAGUUGCAUAAAAAUAAAUCUUCGGAAGGAGAAACUUCUACUAAAGUUGUUCACAUGGAUUACGAUAAUUAUGAUGGGCACAGACAUGCUGUGAAAGUUGUUGAGAAAACUCCUUUACAUGAUUGGUUUAAAGAUUCUCUAGAAGAAGGGAAGAUGGAGAUUAUGGUUAAUAGUUAUCAUCAUCAAGGUGUUAAAAGAUUAGCCCAACGGUUUGUUCCGAUGGCUUUUGCUGCUGAUGGUUUGGUUGAAGGGUUUUAUGAUCCCGAUGCCUACAACCCCGAAGAGGGCAAGUUUAUAAUGGGAUUGCAGUUUCAUCCUGAGCGAAUGAGAAAGCCUGAUUCUGAAGAGUUUGAUUAUCCUGGUUGUCCUGCUGCUUAUCAGGAAUUUGUUAAAGCUGUGGUUGCAUAUAGGAAUAAGCUGAAUGCUGCAAUAUGUGUCCCCAAGAGUGUAACAACACUUAACAAAGAGAUGGAGAAGAAAAGGAAAAUUAUAAUCAAAAGUUUCUCAAUUGCUAGAAACAUGUACGAAACAGGAUGCGAGUCACCGCAGUCCAAGGCAUCUGAACUUGAAGCAGGAGCUGAAUUUCUUCAGUCAAGCACGGCAUUGAGUACACAACAAGAGAAAAGGUUGAAGCAAAUGGGUGCAACAGUAAGAAAUUCUUCGUCAUUCUUAGAAAGGUUGAAGAUGCAUGAAGAGAGGGAAAAAGUAGCAAGAAAUAUAAUGGGGAAAAUGUCGAUUGAACAGUUAUCUGAUCUUGUGUCUUUCUAUCACAUGAUGGGUAAAAUCAGCUCUGAAGUGUUGGAGAAAAAACUUCAAGAAUUAGUUACUGAAGUUGCUCUGUGACUUUACAUUUAUUAUGCGAAAUUGUAUUCCUCAUGUCGCAUGUGUAUUGGAAAAAGGUUCUUCUCACAUGCGUCAUGCAAGUUGGAACCAUAUUUUGACCCAACAAUAUGGGCAAGAUAUGCAUGCCUGAUUCCCUACUUGGAAUUUGGGUUCGCUUAUUUUAUUUUAUUUUUUGUAAUGUAGAAUUCCUUUUUGUUAAUUUUGGAUUUACUUUCGCUGUA